AAAAAUCUUUUAUAUUUUGAUUUUUCAUGUAAAUAAUAAUAAAUGAUCACAUAAAAACUCUAAAUGACUAAAUACCUAUUAAUUAAAUUUUAAAAUGGUCGGAGUCGUAGCAGUACAUUGUGGAGCUGGUUCACACAGUAAAUCCUUGUGUUUAGAUUAUAAGAAACUAUGCAAUAAAGCAUGUAAUAAGGCCAUAGAAGUUUUAGCUGCUGAUGGAACUGCAUUAGAAGCUGCAAAAGUAGCAGUUAUGGUUUUAGAGGAUGAUCCGCUAACAAACUGUGGUUUUGGUUCCAACCUUAACACUUCUGGUAUUGUUGAAAACGAUGCAUCCAUAAUGGAUGGCAAAACUCUGUCCUUUGGAGGCUGUGGUUGCAUAAAAAAAGUCAAAAACCCUAUUACCCUUGCCUACGACAUAUGCAUCAAACAAUCUGAACCGAGACCCAUGGGUCUGAUCCCGCCAUCUUUGCUAGUAGGUCAAGGUGGUUUAGACCAUGCUAGGCAAGCUGGAUUAAAAAUUGUGAAACAAAGUGAUCUCAUUAGUAAAAAAGCUUUGAAACAAUUCAACAAAUAUAAGAAAAUUUUGGAUGGUUUUGAAGCCCAUGAAGAACUUUUGGAUACAGUUGGGGCUAUUUGUAUUGAUGGUGGUGGAAAUGUUGCCUCAGCUUGUAGUUCAGGUGGACUUCUUUUGAAAAAGCCAGGCAGAGUAGGCCAAGGAGCUCUAUUUGGUUGCGGAACAUGGGCAGACAGUUCAGACCAUAGCAAAGAACCAGCUUUGGCAGUUUGUACAUCAGGCUGUGGGGAACAUUUAGUCCAAACCCUUCUGGCCAGAGAAAUAGCUUUAGAUUUGAAAACAAGUACCUGCCCAACUGUAGAUCUACAUAAAACCAUGACUGACAAAUUUAUGAACUCCAAGUUUUUAAAGAAAGUUAAGAAUAAAAUGGGUGGGGCGUUGGUUUUACACAGGGAUAAUGUAACAGGAGAUGUGGUGAUAUUAUGGGGACAUAGCACUGAGAGUAUGGUUGUUGGGUAUAUGGGAACAGACGAUAAAAAGUCAAAGAGUUUUAUGUCCGUACUACCUCAAAAUGUUAGACCAGGAGAAGCAGUCAAUGUAGGUGGAUCACAUUUUUACAACAUGGAGGACUCGAUUCUGAAAAUGACUUGAAUCGUUUGAAUUUUGACGAUGAUUUUUAUUAUUGUGAUAUUAUUUAAUUUUUUUUUAAUAAAUAAGUAUCAAACA